GCCGGGAUGGGCUCCAGGGCAUCUUUAGUUUUAGUCUCAUUUUAGCGAGUGUGUUACAGUUAGGUAGGGAGGGACCCCGCCCCGCCUCCCUCCACUCCAUGCUUCGCAAUCGGCGGCCCAGCUGCUCAUUUAAGGAACGUCGAACUAGGAGAACGGGGACUUGGACCUACCUGGUAGGUAGCCAACGGGUCUCGUUCGUUUCUACUGGGGGACCUCCAUAUCUACCACUUCCAAACCAGAACACCUUCGAAAUCCUCCUUCGAACACAUCCAACUAUCUCACACGCUCGCUCUCCCCAGACCCUCUAUCCACCCCUUAAUACUAUAUCAAGAUGGCGGACUCCCUUACUGAAGAGCAGGUCUCUGAGUUCAAGGAGGCCUUCUCCCUUUUUGACAAGGACGGUGAUGGCCAAAUCACCACCAAGGAGCUCGGUACCGUCAUGCGCUCGUUGGGCCAGAACCCCUCCGAGUCUGAGCUUCAGGACAUGAUCAACGAGGUCGAUGCCGACAACAACGGCACCAUUGACUUCCCUGAGUUCCUUACCAUGAUGGCCAGAAAGAUGAAGGAUACCGACUCCGAGGAGGAGAUCCGUGAGGCCUUCAAGGUGUUCGAUCGCGACAACAACGGCUUCAUCUCCGCUGCCGAGCUCCGUCACGUCAUGACCUCCAUCGGCGAGAAGCUCACUGAUGACGAGGUUGAUGAGAUGAUCCGUGAGGCCGACCAGGACGGCGAUGGGCGUAUCGACUACAACGAGUUCGUCCAGCUCAUGAUGCAGAAGUAAACGGCUUUCUCCUAUAUUCCAACUCUACACGAAGACAGGUUUUAGCGUUCUCUUUGAAUACCACUAUUAGUUGAUAUGCCUCCAUUCGGAUGUGAAGGGAUCGCUUUGUUUCCCACGCUUGGUAUGUUAUGCAAGGAUCACCUGUGUUCUCGUGGUUGCGCGUUAUGCUGGACUGUUACCUCUCCUCCUGCCUCAAACCACCGAGUUCGGGAAGCAAUGGGGUGAAGUUGACAUGGAUUGACGCUAGCACCUCAAGUUUCUCUCCGUUUGACUUUGUGUCCGUGGCGGUUCGUCUCCAAAGCAGUUAUCAAUCAAAUCUUACUCCGCCUUUGCUAGUGAGGAGCCAUUACCCACGGUGUUGUCUCCCAAGUGGAAGCUGUACCACAUGAGCAAAGGAGCACUUCCGUCCGGAGGUUCAGAUGAAACCCUACUGUUUGCUACAUAAACUUUUCAAAUGCACAGCUGCUGAGUUCACGUCAUCAGGGACCACCAGCAAGACCGGAGACCUGUCAACGAGUGGGGAUGACCUGCAGGAUGAUUGUGGCAGUGUUGCCUAGCGACAUCAACCAUCAAGCCCAGGCCGAAUAUGUGGAUAUCAUCAGCCCUAUAGGGAUUUCCAUAUCGUACACAUCCGUACGGCACAGCAUCUAGAAAAUCAACUCAUCUCCCGAUCACCGUUGAUGUAUGGAGGAUCAGGUCAUUGUCGGUCAGUGAUGGCUGUAGGUUGCGCUGAGGCUGUUUGCUGCUUGUGAUGCCCUCGUCAAUUUCAUCAGUAUUGUGACCAUAGAUGAACCGCAUGUUCCCCAAAACUGAAGCUCGAUGAUACAGUAUUCGCAC